AGCUUCUUGGCAGUAUUGAGUUGACAAGAGAGACUUUGUAGUGAUCUUUGCCGUUGAGUCAUGAAGAAGGACGAGAUAUAAGGGAUGAAUCUCAUUGAGAAUGAUCUAAUAGUAGAGAGCUUGUCAACAGAUUUUGGUUGUGUGAAGCUACUUGUUACUCUUGUGGAUAACAGUUGGUGUUUGCUUAAUUCUUCAUUUUGGAUUUUGAUUACUAUUGAAUGUUUUUUUAGAUACUCUAUGAAAAUAAAAUGAUUGAUUAUGAUGAAAAUAUUAUUAACAUUCUAAGUCUAUUAAAUAAAAGAUAGUAUACUUACUGACGAAAAAUUAGGGUUUUGGUUAGCCGAUCAGAGUUCUCUUUAAUGUUUCUCCGACGCCUUUUGAAAUCUUCUCAGAUCUCCUCCUCUGUGGGGAGGAUCAGAACCAUCUCUAGCUCCCCUAAUGUUACUACUCCUCCUACUCCUUCUACUUCUGAGUUUGUUGGAAGAAGCACUUUCAGAAAGGUUGCUGAAACCAUCGCUCCUUCUGUGGUCAACAUCUAUGCACCAAACGACGAUUUGUAUGGCUCUGGCAUCUUGUUCGGUGAAGGAGACAAAAUAAUCACUUGUGGUCACGUCGUCCGCAACUUCCACAAGUUUCGAACGAGUUCUGUCUAUCGUUCAAAGACAAUUGAGGUUAUGGUCACAUCGAACUUUGGUCAAAAUUUUAUAGGAACGGUUGUUGACUGUGACCUUAACUAUGAUUCUGCACUAGUUAAGAUCGAGUCGCCAGUGUCAUUCUCUCCUGCAACAUUUGGCAUUUCAAAGCAUUUCGCUGUUGAAGAUUGAAUAUUGUCUGUUGGCAACCCUCUACAGUAUCUCAACACCUUUUCAACGAGGACAAUCAGGUAUGUGUUUUGUUUUUCAAUAUUUUGCUGGUUUUCUUGGUCGAUGUAUCUAAUAUAUGUCGUUUUGUGUCUUUUUCAAAUUUUGUUAAAUGCACACAAUUUGAACUAGUUAUCUUUCUUUCUCAUUACUUCAUUAGACUCGAGUGCUUCUUCUCUUUUUCUUACUCUUUUUAGAAAAUUUCAACUAAAAUGUUGAAUAAUGUGUGAAAGAAAGUAUAAAUGUUUUCUUUUGACAUACAAUCAUAUAAUAAAAUUUACUAAUUCAUAGAUCCACUUAAAUUAUUGUAGUACAACAUGUUAAAAUCCUGAAAUUAAUUAAUUAGGUGGUGUUAUUGAAUAUUGCAAUUUAGUGAAAUUUGAUAGAAUGUAAAUCUGAAAAGAAAUUCACUGUUAUGCAAUUAGGAUUUGAUGAAUAUGAAUUAAAAUCCAAUGUUAUUGGAUUGAGAAUUUGUUAAAUAUAUUUUCGAAGGAAUUGAAAUCACCUGUUAUUCAAUAUCCAAAUAGUUUUUAUUAGAAUUGAGUUUUAAUGGAUUAGGAUAUACUUUGUAUAAAAAACAAGCCAAAACCAAAUCAGAAACUUUUUAUUUGGCUUUUGAAGUACUUCUCAGGUAACUAAUCAACAAGACAAUAUGUUAUUAGUUCUCCCUCUUAUACGAACGAUUAUGUCAUAAUAAGAGCUUAAUCACAAAGAUUCUAAGUUUGAAACGUGUGUUAGAAGUUGCAUUACCAAAUCAAAACUUAAGAUUAAAUAAGAGGUUAAUCCCGUAAUAAGAGCUUGGUCAAAUAGUUGACGAGCAUUAACUAAACCCACGUGACAACCAAACAUGGGCUAUUCCCGUGGCCCAAUAACUCAAAACGUUCAUUUUUUCCCCAGCUUGUUACCCUGACGAGCAUUACAUCCCAACUCUUUUGAACAUGUUUCACGAUUCGGUGAAUGCUAAUAGAAGUGUGUGUGAGUGUGACGUGGGUUGAUUGGUACAUUGGUGGUCCGUAUCCAGCUACAUAUGCUGCAGAUAAUAUCACAGAAGGGUUUUUACAGUCGAUAAGGAAGAAUGAGACUGUUUGUGUUUAUAAUGAAGAGCCAACUUCCUUUUUGCUCGGAAGUUUGCUCCUAGUGCCUUGGCUCCUCUUAUGAAUUUGAGCUCUACAGUUUUGAUAUAACAGCUGAUUAGAUGAGAAUCUUCUACGAGAUAUAUAUACAUAGUACUUUUAUUAGAUGAAGUUUUUUUUUUUUUAUUGGAUGAAGUUUUAUGUUCUGCAACAAGAAGCAAAUAAACCAUUACAUAUUACAAGAACCAAGAACACAAAACUCACAAGUGAAGACCAAACUCAAUCUAAGAUAUAACAGGGAUAAAGUGUAGCUGUGUGAUUUGCAAUUGUAUAUUCUAACUUGACAUGCGU